GCGCGGCGAGAAGUCACGGCGCGGAUGGACAGGCAGAGUCAAUAAAACAGCCUCGACUAUCUGAAAACUGCCUGCUAGCAAGCCAUAACAAUGCCAGCCUAUUUCCAGAGACCGGAGAACGCCCUUAAGCGGGCAAACGAAUUUCUUGAAGUUGGUAAAAAGCAGCCAGCUUUGGAUGUGCUCUACGAUGUCAUCAAGAGCAAAAAACAUCGAACAUGGCAGAAGAUACACGAGCCGAUCAUGUUCAAGUAUCUCGAGCUCUGCGUGGAUCUUCGCAAGAGCCACUUGGCAAAGGAGGGACUGUAUCAGUACAAAAACAUCUGUCAGCAGGUGAAUAUCAAAUCUCUGGAGGAUGUGGUCCGUGCUUACCUGAAACUUGCAGAGGAGAAGACUGAGACUGCAAAAGAGGAGUCUCAGCAGAUGGUGCUGGACAUUGAGGAUCUGGACAACAUUCAGACUCCAGAAAGUGUUCUGUUAAGUGCCGUUAGUGGUGAAGACACUCAAGACCGCACUGACAGACUUCUGCUCACACCUUGGGUCAAGUUCUUGUGGGAGUCGUACCGCCAGUGCCUGGACCUGCUAAGGAAUAACUCCAAAGUGGAGCGCCUUUACCAUGACAUUGCUCAGCAAGCGUUUAAGUUUUGCCUGCAGUACACUCGUAAAGCAGAAUUCCGUAAGUUGUGUGACAACCUGCGAAUGCACCUGGGACAGAUCCAACGGCAUCACAACCAGAGCACUGCCAUUAACCUGAACAAUCCUGAGAGCCAGUCCAUGCACCUUGAGACACGUCUGGUCCAGCUGGACAGCGCUAUUAGCAUGGAGCUGUGGCAGGAAGCAUUCAAAGCAGUUGAAGACAUCCAUGGAUUGUUUGCCCUCUCGAAGAAGCCCCCUAAACCCCAGCUUAUGGCCAACUACUACAAUAAGGUGUCCACUGUAUUCUGGAAGUCUGGCAAUGCCUUAUUCCAUGCCUGCACCCUGCACAGACUCUAUCACCUCUCCCGGGAAAUGCGUAAGAACCUCACCCAAGAAGAGAUGCAGAGAAUGUCCACUCGAGUGCUCUUGGCCACACUGUCUAUUCCCAUCACCCCUGAGCGCACUGAUAUCGCUCGUCUGUUGGACAUGGAUGGCAUCAUUGUAGAGAAACACCGCAGACUGGCUACUCUACUUGGCCUUCAGUCUCCACCCACCCGCCAGAGUCUCAUCAAUGAUAUGGUGAGGUUCAACCUGCUUCAGUAUGUUGUUCUUGAGGUCAAAGACCUCUACAACUGGUUGGAGGUGGACUUCCACCCUCUUAAACUUUGUGGAAGAGUAACUAAGGUGCUGAACUGGGUGAGGGACCAAGCUGAGAAAGAAUCAGACCUGCAGCAUUAUGUUCUCACUUGCAGAACAAACACCAUCCUCAGACUGCUACAACAGGUGGCUCAGAUCUACCAGAGCAUUGAGUUCAGCAGGUUAGCAUCUCUGGUGCCAUUUGUAGAUGCUUUCCAACUGGAGCGCUCAAUUGUAGAUGCAGCACGGCACUGUGACCUACAGGUGCGCAUUGAUCAUACAUCUCGAAAACUGAGUUUUGGCUCCGAUCUGAACUAUUCUACUAAAGAGGAUUCUCCAGUGGGUCCGUUCCUACAGAACAUGCCCUCUGAACAGAUACGGAAUCAACUCACUGCCAUGUCAUCCUCCUUAGCUAAAGCCAUCCAAGUCAUCAAACCUGCCUCUAUGCUGCUAGAGCAUGAGGAGCAGAGUCAGCAGGCCAUCACAGCCUACCUGAAGAAUUCCCGCAAAGAGCAUCAGCGCAUCCUCGCUCGGCGACAAACGAUUGAGGAACGCAAAGAGCGUCUGAGAGCCUCAACAUCCAGAGGGAGAAAAGAGGAGCUGGAGCAACGGGAGGCAGAGCUUCAGAAGGUGCGCAAGGCUGAGGAGGAGCGUCUUAAACAGGAGGCAAAAGAGCGGGAAAAGGAGCGCAUCAUGCAAGAACAUGAGCAAAUCAAAAAGAAGACUGU